UUAAUUUCAUCAAACUCCAGCAACAAUUUGCUUUGUAGCUGGAUUUAUUUUUGUCUAAGGCUCAGUAGGUUUACAAACAAUGGGAUCUGCCAAUGUUGCAAAAGGAGGCAAUUUGCGAAAGCAGACUGAGAGAUGUUGUUAUCUGAGAGUCAGCGUUGAGGGUAGCACUAUUAUUGCGUGACAGCGACAAACGAAAACGUUUUGCACCGAGAGCGACUCGUUAGCCGAAGCUACAGGGUCCCAACAGGUCUGGUCUGGAGCCGCAGUGGGAUGACGCUGCCGCUCUGGGUCCUGAAUGAGAGCAGCAUUCCACAUCCGUCCUGUCACCUAUCCAGCCGCAACUGCUGACACAUCCGGACUCCAUGAGAAGAGCGCACCGGGGGUCUGCAAUCUCUUGGAGAGAAAAACACAUCGGUGCAUCCGAUUGAUAUGAACGUCUUGAGCUGUGGACGCUAAAUUCUCUCGUGGAUAUUAAUAAUGUUAUGAUGGCACUGGGACCUCCCGCCCGAAGGAGUACUUAUUCAGCUGCAAGUAUUCAGAGCUCGUCAAUUGAGAACCGGUUUACUUCAAAGGAAUGCCUCUUUGAAACGUCGAGAUUUCACAUGGAGCAACCUCAGUGUUUUACUCCAUAUUGAAUGCACGAUAAGCUCACUGUGUUUACACGAGCUGCUGAAACCUCCCUGUUUGCAUUUACAAAGGGUUUCCUUUCAAACGCACUUUAAAGCUCCCCGUCGGGUGUCCAGCUGCUAAAAUGAACACAGAGUGGGGCGAGAAGUCCUCCGCGGACCUCAUGAGUCGGUACGUCUCCAAGGAAACGGGUUAUGGGGUGCCCGAGGAAGGUUGGCGGAUCUGUCUGGCGCACGAGUUCAAGGAGAAGAGAAAACCAUUUCAAGCAAAGGAUGUCUCACUGUCCAAUGUCUUGGAGCACGUCGGGCUUGGAGUCAGGUAUCUAAAAUGGUGGUACAAGAAGACCCAGGUGGAAAAGAAAGCUCCAUUCAUCGAUAUGUUUCGGGCCCAACCCUUACGUCAAAUAUACGGCGCUCCACUCGGCGGCAUCGGAGGAGGUACCAUCACGAGAGGUUGGCGGGGGGAGUUCUGCAGAUGGCAACUCAACCCCGGGAUGUACCAUUAUAAAACCGUCAUGGCAAACCAGUUCACAGUGUGUCUGCGUCGCGGGGGUCAAACGGUUUACCAGCAGGUGCUGUCCGUCGAGCGGCCUCCCACACUACAGGGCUGGAACUGGGGCUACUGCGGAGAGUACGCCUUCUACCACGCCUUGUACCCCCGCGCCUGGACCGUCUACCACCUGCCGGGACAGAACGUCACGUUGACCUGCAGACAGAUUUCCCCCGUCAUCCCGCACGACUACCAGGACUCGAGUCUACCUGUGGCCGUAUUCGUGUGGGACGUGGAGAACAACAACGACUACGCCCUGGACGUCUCCAUCAUGUUCACCAUGGUGAACGGCUCGGGCCACAAGGACGACAACAGCGGGGGCCACUGGAACGAACCAUUCCACCUGGAGAAGGAGGGGGAGGCGGUGUCUGGGGUCCUGCUCCAUCACUGCCUCGCAGUGAACCCUUACACGCUGUGCAUCGCGGCCCGAGAACAGCCGGACAGGGAGGUCAGUCACCAGACGGCGUUCAGUCCAAAGGGAACCUGCAGCGGGCUGUGGAGCGACCUCAUCACCGACGGACGGCUGGACUCUCCGACAGGAUCCAGCCCGCCGACGCCAAAGGGAGACAAGGUGGCGGCGGCGCUGGCUGCGGGCUGCUCGGUGCCGCCUCGGAGCCGGAGCAGCCUGGAGUUCUGCCUGACCUGGGACAUGCCGACCAUCACCUUCGGCUCUCGGGAGAGGGAACACAUCCGGAGGUACGCUCGCUACUUUGGCAGCAAAGGGGAUGCGGCGCCCUCGCUCAGCCACUACGCCCUGACGCACUACAGGCGGUGGGAGAGCAGCAUCGAGGAGUGGCAAAGACCCGUACUGCAGGACAGCUCUCUCCCCUCCUGGUACAAGUCGGCCCUGUUCAACGAGCUGUACUUCGUGGUGGACGGAGGGACGGUGUGGACGGAGCUGCCGGAGGACGCCGACGUCAGCGGCGGCGUGCGCGGCGAGGACGGCGGGCUGCCCGCUCAGCCCGCCGUCAUCAAGGAGUUCGGCCGCUUCGCGUACCUGGAAGGCCAGGAGUACAGGAUGUACAACACGUACGACGUGCACUUCUACGCCUCCUUCGCCCUCAUCAUGCUGUGGCCCAAACUCGCCUUGAGCGUGCAGUACGAUAUCGCGGGCAUCGUGGUGCAGCGGGACCCGACGGAGAGGCUCCAUCUGAUGAGCGGGCGGUGCUCUCCCGUCAAGGCCAAAAAUGUGGUGCCUCACGACAUCGGAGACCCGGACGACGAGCCGUGGCAGAGGGUCAACGCCUACCUCAUCCACGACACGGCCGACUGGAAGGACCUGAACCUGAAGUUUGUGCUGCAGGUCUACAGGGACUUCCAUCUCACCCAGGACAGUCAGUACCUGCGGGACAUGUGGCCCGUCUGCCAGGCGGUGAUGGAGUCGGAGAUGAAGUUCGACCUGGAUGGAGACGGGCUGAUAGAGAACUCUGGAUACGCAGACCAGACCUAUGAUGGUUGGACGGUGACUGGACCGAGUGCGUACUGCGGUGGGCUGUGGUUGGCGUCCCUGUGUGUGAUGUGUAAAAUGUCCCGACUGGUGGAGAACGAGGAGACGUACAAGCGCUACAGGGACAUCUUGGACCGGGGCGGCGCCGCUUUUGACAAAUUGCUGUGGAACGGCAAGUACUACAACUACGACAGCAGCGGGAGAGACCUCUCCAACAGCGUGAUGGCUGACCAGUGCGCCGGCCACUGGUUCCUGAGAGCCUCCGGGCUCGGAGACGGAGACUACGAGGCUUUUCCAAAAGAAAAAAUCCAGAGCGCAUUAAAAUCCGUCUUUGACUUGAAUGUGAUGAGCUUCGCCGGCGGCCAGAUGGGGGCCGUCAACGGCAUGCGCCCUGAAGGGGUGCCGGACCGGUCCAGUGUCCAGUCAGAUGAGGUCUGGAUUGGAGUCGUGUACGGACUGGCAGCCACUAUGAUCCAUGAGGGUAUGCUGGAGGAGGGUAUGCGCACGGCGGAGGGAUGCUACCGGACCGUGUGGGAGAGGCUGGGCAUGGCCUUCCAGACACCCGAAGCCUACUGCGAGAAGAAUAUCUACCGCUCUCUGGCGUACAUGAGGCCCCUGAGCGUCUGGGCCAUGCAGCUGGCGCUGCAGGAUCGGACCGCGGCGGCUCGAACCGGAGCCACGGGCGGCGAGCGGAGAGAAGAAGCGAGCUAGUGGUCGAGCCGUCGGCUCGGGGAACGCGCAGCGACCUCCGCACUCUCCUGCAGCCUCCACCCUCGUAUGCACUCCCUUUUUUUGAUUUGACUCCUUGAAUUUAAUUCUUCAACGGUUUGUUUCCGAUCCAGAUGUUUUGAGGUUCAGAAGUGACGACGGACAAAGUCAGUCGGAACCGAAGGCCCUGGUGACGCUUCCCAAGAGACUGCAAACGGUUUCCGAUUUUCCUUUUUUAAAAUAAAUUGUGCAGUGUAGGGCGCUAACCAUGUCAAUCUCAUAGCCAGUGUGGAUUGCUAAUAAAAAUUUACCGUUCAGCAACAUAUUGUCUAUUUGCACACAUCAAUGGAAACACUACAUUUCACAUCAUGUCAAUAAUAAUGAUAUCGUACUUGGAACAAGUUUUUGUGCUUAACAUAUGAGGAUUGUUUAGUGUGAUUAGAGCCGCCCCAUGUAGGCGUUGUUGUCUUUUGCCAGCCUCUGUGAGUGAAUCAAGCGAGAUUUGAUAGAUUUCUCAAUCGGAUACGUAGACUCUUGAAGAAAAAGACAAUUUGAGGAUUUCCUCUUCUUACAUUUGAAUGCGAAGUGAUGCGAUAUGUGAUGAAUAGUGUUGGAAAUUAAAUUAAUUUCUUCUUCUUUUUAAAAAAUAGUAUUUGGUGCCUUGUUGCUUGUCGGCCAUAUCUGCAGUAUAUUAAUGUAGUGGCAACAUUUACUCUGUUUUAUAAAAUCCAGUACUCAUGACAAUCAUGUUGAAUAAAUGGCUGAAUAUGAUACAAAAGCA